UGAGUAUAGUCACCGCUAACUUCAAAUAAAUUUUUAAAAAUUUAUUUAAAAAAAAAUAAAGAACGAACAAAUAAUUAUUUAUAGCGAACAUUGACGAACAAUCGACGAACAAACGAAUUGCUAAAAAAAAUUUGCCAAAAAUCGAAUUCCCCCCGCCAACUUAAGGGAGCUAAGUUAUAACGUAGUAAAGUAGUAGAAAACAAAAAAAUGGCUGAUCAAAGUGACAGGAGUCAAUUACCACCUGGUUGGGAGUGCAGAUAUGACAUAAGAAGUGGUCGUCCAUAUUUUAUAAAUCAUUUUAACUGUUCGACGUCAUGGGAAGAUCCGCGUGUAAGAUAUUGGCAGUAUGCACAAUACACGCACGAACAAAAUUCAACUGCUACAAGUUCAUCUAAUGGAAAUUCACAUGAAGCUAUACCACUACAAAGCGGUGGUAAUAUUGGUGGUGGUUUUGUUUACACUGCAACACAUCGUGCACCACAAGUUUAUCCGAGUCCAUCACCGUAUAAUAAUCCACAGCCUGCUUUUUUGCCAUGUUUGCAGGAUUUAAAGACACCAAUGUCAACAACACGUUCAAUAAGUGCGACAACAAAUAAAUUCGGUGAUAUGACAAUAGGUUCACCGACACCAUUAAAAAAUAUGGAAACAUCAUUUACACAAAGCUCGGAUGUUGAAUUACAAGUUGCCAAAAUAAAUGCUAUUUUUCCAACAGUAUCUGAUACCCAUAUUCGUCUAUUGUUAAAAAAGUACCUGAAAAAUGUGUUUCCAAAAGUCGAUGAAACACUGUUGCUUGAUAUACUGGAGCAAAGUGAUAACAAUGUUCAAAAAGCGUCGGAAAAGUUGAUUGAACAGGGAUAUGAAAAGAGAAAUCCAACUGGACCAAGUAAAUCAUUGAUACGUCCUCAAGAAGAUAUACAUAAAGUUAAUAAAGUAACACCAACUCCACCACCGCGUAUGAAAAGUGUUGAAGAAAAAAAUAAAUUAAAGACAAAAUUAAUGGAAAAAUAUAAAUCAGUACCAGAUAGAGUGAUAGCAUUAGCGAUGGAUAGCGUUGAUUAUGAUGAAGAAAAAGCAGUACAUAUAUUAGAUAUUAUGAUUGCUGAAGAAGCUGUACAACCAUUACGUACAUCAAGUAGUCACAGUAGUAGAAGUGAUGAUAGAAAAGAUAGUCCGCCAAUAACAGAAGCAAUUAAAUUAACAGCGUCACCAGUUAAAAAAAUACUUAAUAAAGAUGAUGCUGAUAAAUCGAAACGUGCAAAAAAUAAAAUUGAAACACAAAAAAUAUCACGUGGUACAAGUACUGCAGAAGACAGUGAAUAUAAAUCGCCUUAUAUUACUAAACCAAUUGGUGCUAAUUCUGAUUUAGCUAAAGGUCCUGAUAAUGACUUAUUAUUACCUGAUUAUGCGCCAUGGGCUGGUCCAGAUUCAUCACUAUUAACAAAAGAAACAAUUGGUACUAAAUCAUUAGCUGUUGGACGUGAUUUAUCAUUAAUAAGUGGAUCACGUAGUAUCGCUAAAGGUCCAAGUGCUGAUUUAAGAAAAGGACCAUUGCGUGGUCUUGCUCAAGGUUCUAUUUACUCACAGAGAAACGCAGCUAAUACUGAAAGCCGUGGUAAAUGAGAUAUGUGUAAUUGUUUUUUCUCCUAUUAAUCUAUAUUUUAUUUAAAUUUGUUUAUUUUAUGUUGAAUUUAUUUAAAUUUUAUCAAACAAUAUCGUCCAAAAUUUUAUUAAUUUAUUCAGGACUGAUUGAUUUUGCCGGCCAGUAAUGUGUAAGAUUUUUAUUUUAUUUACCAAAUUUAUUUAUUUAUUUAUUUAUUUUUUUUUUUUUUUCAUUUAUCAUGGAAAAAAUAAGCAUAGAUUCUUAAAUAUUUUCACGAACAUAUCUAUAAACAUUUUAUUUUUUAUUAAUUGCUCAAUUACUUAGUAAUUAAUACUAGUUUACAAAGUAUCGUGCCAAAGUAUAAUUGUUUAAAAAAUAAUUUUCGUUGAUUACUGGGAAAAACAAAAUUUAUUUAAAUGAAAUUAAAAUUUUGCAACAAAUUAAAAAAAUUGUUGCAACAAAUUAAAAAAAAAAUAUG